AUGCCGCUCUUGACGAUCCUGAAAAUCCGCCGCUUCGGCCUCGCCUUUGCCGCCGCACUUCUGGCGCUGCCGCUUGGGUUCACCUCCAUCCAGGGCGCCCAGGCCGCCCAGACCUACACCCUCGAUUCCGCUCAUGCCGAUGUGAUCUUCCUGGUCGACCACCUUGGUUACUCCGCCACCGUUGGCCGCAUCGGCGACGUGCAGGGCAGCAUCACCUUCGAUGAAGCCGCGGUCGAGAACUCCGCGGUGGAGAUCGUGAUGCAGGCCGCCAGCCUCGACACAAACCACACCAAGCGCGACGAGCACCUGCGCAGCGCCGAGUUCUUCAACGUCGAGCAGUUCCCGACCAUCACCUUCACCAGCACCGGGAUCGCCAAGACCGGCGACAACACCGGCACCUUGACCGGCGAUCUGACCCUGCUAGGGGUGACCAGGCCGGUUACCCUGGACGUCACCUUCAACUUGAAGUCGCCACACCCGAUCUAUCAGGGCAAGGAGACGGUGGGUUUCUCCGCCCGCGGCAGCCUGAAGCGCACCGACUUUGGCAUGGCUGCUUAUGCUCCGGCCGUCGGCGACGAGGUGGACCUGAUCAUCGAGGUCGAGGCCAUCGAGCCCUAG